AUCAUAUCAGACAUGAGCGCAUGUAACUAGUAAAAGUUUUCUUCGUCCUCCUUUUCCUAAAAACAACUUUCUUGUACAGAUUAUCACAUCUCUCAGAAGGUUGGCUCCUCACCUCAGAAUGCAGAUGGCAGCAUCUGAAGAUGGGUUACAGCUACCUCGACUUCCCGAGCUGUUCGAAUCCAGCCAACAGCUUCUGGAGGAAGUAGAAGUAAUGGAUGAACCCACUGGCUCCAGGACAAUCCAGGAUAAAGUGUGCAAGGGACUAGACCUACUUGAGCAGGCUGCUGAAAUGUUAUCACAGCUCGAUUUGUUCAGCCGAAAUGAAGAUUUAGAAGACAUUUGCUCCACUGACCUGAAGUACCUGAUGGUGCCAGCGUUUCAAGGAGCCCUCACCAUGAAACAAGUGAACCCCAGCAAGCGCCUCGAUCAUUUACAGUGGGCUCGAGAAUAUUUUAUAAACUACUUAACUCAUUGCCAUUAUUAUCACGUGGCAGAUUUUGAGCUGCCCAAAACCAAGAACAACACAGCUGAAAUUAACACUGCUAGUUCCUCUGUGGCCUGUGCUAACCUUGUUGCUAUGGCUUCUCAGAGGAAGGCUAAAAUAGAGAGAUACAAGCAGAAGAAAGAGGUGGAGCAGAGGUUGUCUGCACUGAAAUCUGCUGUGGAAAGUGGUCAAGCAGAUGAUGAGCAAGUUCGUGAAUAUUAUCUCCUUCAUCUUCGGAGGUGGAUUGGAAUCAGCUUAGAAGAAGUUGAGUGCAUUGACCAGGAAAUAAAGAUUCUGAGAGAAAAAGACUCUUCAAGAGAAGCAUCAACUUCUCACUCAUCUCUUCAGGACAGACCUCCCCUGAAAUCCUUCAUACUCACUCGGGACAACACCCAAGCCAAAGUUUUCGGAGCUGGUUAUCCAAGUCUGGCAACUAUGACCGUGAGUGACUGGUACGAGCAGCACCAGCAAUGUGGAGCACUACCAGACCAGGGAAUAGCCAAAGCAACAUCAGCUGAUUUCAAAAGAGUGGCUCAGCAACAGGAAGAUGAAGAAAAGGAAAGAGAGGACAAUGAGAAGGUUCUCCACAGAGCACGCGAGUGGGAUGACUGGAAGCACACCCAUCCGAGGGGCUACGGCAACCGACAGAACAUGGGGUAGUCUUCCCACACACGGCAGGACUCUGGGGCAUGGACCUUUCUUGCUAAGGAAACUGCCGCCAUGCCCUCCCUGGCUCCUGCUUUACCUGUGCACAAUGAAGGCAAAGAUGCUGACUCUUUUGCUGCAUUCAAUAAAGUGUCAAGCAAUUA